AGUGGCUUGAUGUAUCACCCAAAAAAGGAAAUUCCUCUAAAGUUAAAUAUUCUAGCAUCAAGUCCAUUAUUAUCUUCAUCAAUCAACAGAAGUAUUCUCUAGGCUCUUGGGUUUGUACAUCUUAUUGUUGGUGGAAUCAUUGAUAAUUGAUCAUAUAAUAUUAGACUCAAAUUCUGCAUUAUUCAUUCAGUUGUCAUAUUGAAAUUGAGCUAAGGGAAAUGGGAACAUGUGGAUCAAAACCUAAAGGAGGGAGGAACUCUGUAUCUCACAAGCUUAACAAGAUUGAACCCUCUGCUUCUAAGAAUGUUUCUUGCUCCAAAACUACAUCCAAAGGAAAUGCGGAAUUAGACCCAGAGGUGAUGAUUGAAUCGGACAGCGACGAUGAUUUUCAUAGCGCAAAAGAUGUUUUUUCACAGAGUGGCAGUGGAUCUUUUUCAACCAUAAUUUCUCCAAGAUUUUAUGAUACUGUUUGUAACUAUGGUAAUACUGCUCUUGAUCCUCCUGGAAAACAUGAACAAUCAUUUGCAAGCAUGGAGACAAAUUUUGUCAAACAAGGUUCCGUAAAAGGAAAAUCUUCAACAGAUCCUCAGCUAAAGUCCAAUAAUCCUGAGAAGAAAAUGAAGAGACCAGGCCCUAUUGACAAAACGUCUAACCGAAACAUGGAUAAAAAUGUUGCGAGAGCUGAAGGAAUUCGUCAUGAAAAGAGAAAGUCUGCAAUCCCAAGCUCACCAGGCAUCAAAAGGAAAUUAACUUUAACCAGAAUAUUAUCUUUUAAGUGGAGGGAAGGGUAUUCAAAUUCUGUAUCAUUGUCGCCAAAGGCCUUCCUGCGAAAACCAAUUGCUGGUUCUCAAAUUCCAUGCAGCCCUCUCCAGAUUAAACUAUCCAACUCUUGGUCAUCUGUUGAGCCAAAUACUUUUAGAAUUCGGGGUAAAAAGUACUUCAUGGAUAAGAGGAAAGAGUCUGCUCCAAACUAUGCUGCAUUGUAUCCUUUCGGGGUUGAUGUAUUCUUAUCACCACGGAAAAUUGAUCAUAUUGCACGUUUUGUGGAACUUCCAACCGUUGGUUCACCUGGCGUAGUUCCUCCCAUCCUUGUUGUAAAUCUUCAGAUACCAUUAUACCCUCCUACAAUCUUCCAAAAUGAAUAUAAUGGUGAGGGGAUGAAUUUUGUUUUCUACUUCAAGCUUUCAGAAAAUUACUCAGAAGAACUUCCGAUUCAUUUUCAAGAAAAUAUCCAGAGGUUAAUUCGUGAUGAAACGGAGAAGAUCAGAGGUUGGGCUGUAGAUAAAAAUGUACCCUUCAGAGACAGAUUGAAAUUAUUGGCGCGAGUUGUAAACAUAGAGGAACUUCAUUUAAGUGUAUCUGAGAAGAAGCUCAUGAAUGCUUACAAUGAAACGCCUGUGCUCUCACGUCCUCAACACAAAUUUUAUUUGGGGAAAAACUACUUUGAGAUUGAUUUGGACAUUCAUAGAUUCAGUUACAUUGCCAGAAAAGGGUUGGAAUCUUUUAAAGACAGAUUGAAGAACGCGGUCAUUGAUUUUGGUCUGACAAUUCAGGGAAACAAGGCAGAGGACUUGCCAGAAAAUAUGUUGUGCUGUAUUAGAUUGAAAGAGAUAGACUAUACCAAAUAUCAGCAGUUAGGUGUCUGAAUUAACUACACAAAUAAGUAGACGGCUCGACAAGCUGAACCUUAUUUUUGACUUAAUUAUAGAACAAGGUCAUAAUUUGCACCAGUUGGCAAUUCUUUUUGGUCAUAAUUUAUUCUGGUUAAGUGCAUUGGUAUAAAACAAACUAGCAAAAAAGUGAAUAAAUGAAAAUUUGCUUCACCACCUGCUCGAUGUUGUGUUGGUCAAGUUGGAUUUGUAUUCUCUUCAUGGCCGUUGUGAGGUCCAUACAAUCCAACAUUUGUAAAGCAUUUGUUGCAAGUACUGUAAUGUGAAGUGUUCACAGCUGACAAGCUCACUUUUAAAUGUUGGUUCUACUAGUAUAAUUAUAGAUUCGAUGGAAGCUUUUAAAAAUGCAUGUACAUCAUAUAGCAGAUCUUGGUUGUCAAUUCAAUUUCCACUAUAGACAAAAGGAUUUCCAAAUUGUGAAAUUUGUAUUUGCCAUAUUUGUACAUAGUAGUUCAAGUUUCGUCUAGUUUUGUACAUUUGCGUGGAUUCAAUUUUUUUAUUUAUUUUUUAUUUUUUAUAACAACUUCAACAAAGUAUCUACAAGAUAGCUCAAACUACAUAGACCACAUCAAUGAGUUAAGAUUUUAUGAAUUUGAUGCAGGUAUACCAUGUGAUUAAUUCAUGAACACACAUAUCUUCUUAACCACCGAUCAUCAUUAAAACUGUGGUUGACUUUUUAGAUUUGGAAGUGUUAACGCUGAAUGUUGCAGUGGCAUGCAUUCAUGAAAGGGCUAACAUUGCUUUGUCUUUGAUAAAAAGAAAAGUGAAAACCUCUUAUGGUUACUAUUAGAACAAAAGCCAAGGAACUGAAAACUGGCAAAGCAAAUUAAGGAUCAUCUUGACAUUAUGAAGAGUCAAUAAUCAAGGUAAACAUCUAGGAGUGGUGGAAAAUCCAUUAACAUUUGCUUGUCGCGAGCCAAGAUAGUGUCCACGAACGAAUCCAUUGUAGAGGAACAAGUGGCUUCUUCAACCGGUUGCUUUUCCUUAACUUCGGUAACUUCCCCACAAGUAUGAUUCUCCGUCUGAAAUGAAUUGGACACAUCUUUUGACAAAAAUGUCUCCUGUUUUUCCUCUGCAAGUAUAAACUCGUUCCAAGUUGACGUAGACGUAGAUGAAGAAGAUGGCAUAGUAUGAACCUGAGAUUGCAUAGAAGAGAAAGAAGUAGAAUAGCUAUAUGAUGUGGGAUUAAAUGAAGUUGUUGAUGAGGAUACUUCACUAAUACUAUGUGUUUGAAGAUUCUCCUUAGGAUACGGUGUGUAUUUUUCUUGUAACUGGCCAUUCAUAAUAUUGUGAACAAAUUUAUCAUGGGGAGUUCCAUUUGAGAAUGGAAAUUGCUUUGGUUCCAUAAA